AUGUCAGCGCAAGAUCAACUAUUCAGUGAUGAAUUGAUACUAUAUCAUCACAGAUAUAGUUAUUAUUCUCAAAAGGUUCUUCUAGCCCUUCAUGAAAAAGGGCUACCAUUUGUAUCAAAACCUGUGGAUAUGGCUCGUGGUGAUCAGUACAAACCAUGGUUUUUAAAACUUAGUCCUAAAGGAGAAGUCCCGAUUUUAGUUUAUAAAGGACAAGUGACUUCUGGGUCAGUGAGAAUUUUAAAUCAGCUUGAAAAUAUUGGUGCAGGAAAAGAUAAAAUUCAAACUCUUUUACCAAAGGAUUCAGAAGCAUAUGAAACAAUUCAACAUUUUCGCCAUUUAAUCGAUUUAGUCCCAGUAGGAGCUGUGACUAUGGCUUCCUUUUUACAUAGAGAUUAUAUUAUAGACGCCAAACCUCCAUUUAAUGAGCGAGUGAGAGAUUUACUUCUAAACGCUGCAGGAAAUUCAAGCAGCGCCUUGCGAGAGCGCGCACGAAACGUGGAUGAGCAGGAAUCCUCCUUAUUAUUGAAAAAGGCAGAAGCGCAGGAGCGGAUGAGAGCAAAAUUAGGAACGCCUGAACAAUUCGAAGCACUUCUGAAACAAAUUGAUCUCGUACUGCAACAAAUUGAACAUCAACUUGCUGUUAACAUAGGUAUAAAUGAAUUGCUGUGUAGCAAAACUUUCACUCUGGCUGAUGUUAGUUUAACGAUACUGCUGCACCGUCUGGACGCAUUAGGAUUGGGGCAUAGAUUCUGGUCAACAGAUUUGAAGCCAAAUUUAAACGCCUAUUAUCAGAAGGUUCAAUCUCGCGAAGGAUUUAAAAGAACUGUUCCAGAUAUGAAGUAUCAUCUAUCAGCAGUUGCGCACAAUGCUCCCACGUAUAUGUUGGCAGGCUUUGGAAUAUCCGUUACUGCGCUUGCAGUUCUUACCAGUCUGUCGGUUUACAAAGUGAUGCAAUGA